AUGGUGCUUCCUCUGCUACAGUUGGCACCCGCCAGGCUGCUCAAUUCCUCAUGUUCCGUGGAGAAGACGCUGCAGUGCAGCUGUUCCUUCCAUGGGAUUCCCACACCCUCCGUGAAGUGGUGGAUGGGAGAUGUUCCUGUGGGUGUGAACAGCAUGGAUAACAUCCUCCAGGUGACUUCCACCAUGCUUGGCCCCUGGGCCAACAGCACCAUCAGCCUGACCAAGGACCCAGAAACUGGGACAAGCCUUCUUUGUGAGGGGAAGAACAAAAAUGGAACCCAUGCUUUGAGCAUCCUACUAAUGUCAAAAAAGAGUUCUUUUGCUCCACAAACAUUCAUGAACGGGCUGCUCCAGGGUGUUAUGUACGGAGUCAUUGCAACCACACUGCUCUUCUUCUGCCUUAUCCCCUUCAUAGUGAAGUAUAUCAGGAUGAAACGGGCAAAGAGAAUUGCAGAGGUCAAAACAAAAAAGAGCCCUGAAGUCAGAGCAUGCCAAGAACCCACGAUGUCUCAGAAGCCUGAAGAAUCAGAAAAAUCCGUAAUCACCCCAUCUUCUGACAGCCAGAUAUUGGAAAAGCAAGAUAAACUAUAG